ACCGAGCGUUUGAGACAUGCAUGUAACCUUAUCAUUUAAACUGAAGGCGGAGUUAAAUGGAUGUCCAUUCUGGAGUUCAGCUUUGCUCAUUGGACAGAUUUGCAGGUACCAGUAUUGCUAUCAUCGAUUUAUAAGUAAGUGAGCAUCUUGAGUAAGGGCCUUGGUUCAGUGACUCACUGGUGCCACGAAUUUUACCUUUGGUAGAACGUCAAACACUUUGCUUAGUUUUGCUGUUCAGUUUGUUGCCCUCAUGGCGUACCUUCGCAGGCAGCCCUUAAACACCUUGUGUUUUGCGGAGUUAUCCCAAUCAUCUGCCAAUGUGUUGAGGCUACGACGUUUGCCAGCUCUUAGUCUGCCGAAGUCCUGCUCUCGGAAGCGGUUGCUCCACACCUCGAGGUUUGUGAGAACCACACAAUUUGCUUUUGGAGCUCGGCAUAAAAGCUGCCGUAUCUCAUCGGGGCGAAUAGCAAAAGCUUUACGUUCACCAUUAACCGGUCAGCAGAAACAUCGAGUAAGUAGUCGUGCCGAUGUCAAUUCAACUGAUCGACCUUUGUUAAACCUUAAGCAAAUCGUUACCCCACGCACAGGGCAGAAUGACCUUAUCAGUGGUGGUCCUUUCGUGGAUAACCUGUUUGAAAAGCCCCUCGCUCUUAGAGUUACUGAUGAGAUGACUAUGACCAUUUUCCAGCCGUUUAUCGUGCCAGAGACCACCUCAUCUCCGAUCAAAAGGGCGUUCACCAGCUCUUGCCGUCAUGACAGUGAUUUAGGUGAUGUGGCACACCCUCUCACACGCAGCAUUGGAAAGUCCAGCGUGGUAUCUUCUUUUGAUCUUACUUACUCUCUGGAUGAGGAAACUCGCGCCCAGUCCCAAGUGACAGUAGCGGCCCAACAGCGAGCAGAAGCUGCGUAUAGACGACAGCGCAUGGCACAGGAAAGAGAGCAGACUGCUGUUUUACGGGCUGAAAUGGAGGUUGAGCGGGCUCGCAUGCUGAAGGAAAUGACUGGUGGAAGCAGAAGACCUUCAUACUGUUUAGAACUAGAAAAUCUGAAGGAAGAGGCACCCGAUGAUGUGCGUAAAAACCUGGAGGAAUGUCUUAAAGAUUAUUCCAUCAUUGAGGAAAGAAAUGCACGAAAUUCGCUGCCCAAUGAAUACCCAAAGUCUGCAUUUAUAAUGAGAAGUGAAUCAAGGGAUGAGACAGAUGCUGACCAAAAUACUCGACAUCAAGCCCAAGAGAGCGACGAAAAUGGAAAUUUGGAGAGACGGAGUAGUACAGAGGAGAGCAGUAAUAAAGAACUUCGUCUUACCGUUGAAAAACAGCCUUCGUUACAAACUGGAAAAGAUGACUUACCUCAAGCGUUCCUUAGCAGUGUUCACAUUAAGGAAAACGAGCAGACCCGAGGAUAUUCGGGUGAUGAAAAGCCCCGACGACGCUCGGGAGUGGAUCAGAUCCUGGCUCUGAGAGGUAACAACGAGAAAACCAUGGAAGAAACCUCCCAAGAAAUCGAUGGAUCACACAAACUAAAGAGAAGUGAAGAAGUAUCGGCUGUUCACGAUUCAGAUACAAGUCAGGAUCAAACUUUUGGAAAAAGAGUGGACGAUUUUAGAGAUGUUACGGCGAUCACUAAGGAUGAUUCCGCGGCUAUGAGUGGUGAAAAUUUAACGGCGCAGGAUGAUACUACUAAGAUAACGAGUCCUGAUGGAUCAGUUCCAACAGAACAGAUACCUAAUGAUGUAAACUAUGCUAGUAGUGGCAAUCAUUCGGUCGCAGUUACUGAAAAUUGGAACAAAGAGCAUACAAGCAUAGAAACCAAAGACACGAGCGAUGAAGGCGAACAUCAUCAACAAGAAGAAAGCGAAAACGCCGCAAACGGUACUGAACAGAGUCAAACAAUGAUCAAGGCGUCCACAGGUCUGGAUCCAGAGAAAAUGGAGAGCAGUCAUGCGGACAUUGCGAGUGAGAAUGGUGAUGGAAAGGUGGCGACAGAAAAUGAUAAAAAUGAACAGUUUGAUCAGCUACGAGAGACCACACUUGAAGAAAAAUUAACAUCAUAAAACAAUAGGUGGAAGAACAUAACCUUCUUGGUCGCCCGAAUCUUAUGCCUGCUUAGUUAAGAGAAGGACAACAAGUUUCUCAGAACAGGAAGUAGUAAAAGAAAAGUGACACCCCUACAAACUUCUCACCUUCUCUAAGUUGCCGUCUACGGUUAUUGCGAAUGAAAUAUUUGAAGAGGCUUGACGACUAGGAGUCGAUCAUUUAAAAAGCGGUUAGCGUUAAUCUAAAACAACUGAACAUUCUUAACUCGGUUUUGAUUUCUCUUGUAUGAAAAUGUACAUACGUAAGGGCUAACGUUCUCUGGAAUUUUAUCUUAGUGUAGAUCAAACCUGAAGAAAGCAAAGUGUAGCAGGGCUCGAGAAGUGUGCCAAAAAUGUAUUUUAAUCACUGGUUAGAUUAACUGUAUUUUGAACAAAACCAUUUCAGAUAUCUCACUGCGAACAGGCCGUUAUGGCCCUGUGGGAAGACAAUUUCAUAAAAUAAAUACGUAGAGAUAACUCGUUAACAUGAAGGAAAAGAGGAAAUUAAAUGAUUUAAACAUUGAAACGAGGUUCCACCUCGUUGCGAAGAAUGUAAAGGAUAUUUGUACAUUUAAAUUUCCGAGCAGUUGAGAGAAAUUUCUCGUUAGCUUUUCCAGAGAUAUGAUGUAUUAAA